ACGCCAUCAGUUGUGGCGUACACGAAGAACAGAGAUAGGUUCGUUUGUAUUUAUGUGAUGUGAGUCUUUUUUUUCUUUGAUUCGAAUUCGCUAAAACAACUUCUUCUCAGUGAAAAGAUUUUCGGGAGGAAGAUGUCGGAGGUGGACGAGGAGUCUAAGCAGAUUUCGUAUACGGUGGUGCGUGACGAGAACGGAAACGUUAAGCUUGAUUGUCCUGCCAUUGAAAAACAGUUUGCUGCAGAAGAAAUUUCAGCACAGGUAUUGAGAAAGCUUGUGGACGAUGCUUCAAAAUUUAUGAAUGAUAAGGUCACAAAAGUUGUUGUAACAGUUCCUGCUUAUUUCAAUGAUUCCCAAAGAACAGCAACAAAAGAUUCAGUUUCUGCUUAUCUUGUUGAUUCAAUGGAUGAUAUUGGUGAGAAGGAAAGCACGAAGCGACUGCAAGGUCCAAUGGAUGUCGAUCGAUUGCAGGCUAAGGAAGCGUCUCCGGGGUCGACGAGACUGAAGCAACGAAGUGAAGCCUGUCAUCGUUACCAACGCCGAGGGGCAGAGGACGACGCCAUCAGUUGUGGCGUACACGAAGAACAGAGAUAG